AUGGAGAGCAUCGCAGCGGCAGAGAACAGCAGGCAGGUCAACCCAGCUGGUGUGCAGAGACUGACGGAGAGCAUUAAGUCCAAGGGCUUCAUGGCGACGACCCCACCGCAGAUCAUGUUCCUGGACAUCGGGGAAGAUGAACAUCUGGCGCAGGACAUGGUGGACAACAAGCUGCGUGCCAUCUACAUCGACGGGAGCCGCAGGCAAGGCGACAACUUCACGUGCAACGAGAAGGUGAUACCGCAAAAGUUCGAUGGCAUGCUGCGUACGUCCGAGGGCAAGCACGACCCCAACACCGCCGCUGCAUCGGUGAUGACUGCGGUCCCUUACCUCGGGGCUAAGAAGCGCUUCUCCGACGACGUCGCCGUCUGGGUUAACUAG